AUGUCUACCUCCAAUAUGACGUUUGCUGAACGUGGAAUACUUCGCCGCCUCAAUCACUUGCUGCUCAAAAAGGGAAUGGAGCACGGUUGGCACGUUGCGACCACUAUUCCCUCAUUAUUUGAGCGUCGUGGAAUUUGUUCCUCUCAGAGUUACAUCAGGACAAAGGAGGAAUCUCUAGCAAUCCAAGGUGACGCGAUGGGGGCAUUUCAUCCGAAUGAAGAAGGUCAUCGAGCAGUCGCUGAAGAGAUGUUGAAAAUGAUUCGACGUGCCGGCGUCGUACUCUCCUUGGAUUGA